AUGAAUGGCGUCAGAACGGUGAAAGAGCUGUUGCUGCCACAGCAAACAUUGAACAUGGUUGAAUUGUCGCAGUUGUAUCCUCACCUUCGGGGUCUGCCGAUCGAUUCGUAUAGUAACGCUCGCCCGCGGAUUCUCAUAGGAAUGAAGCACGCCAAGCUCAGUCUUGGCUUGAAGAACCGUGAAGGCGAGAGCGGUCACCCAAUUGCCAUAAAGACUCGACUCGGUUGGACGGUAUGCGGAGGAUGGGGCUCUGAAACCAAUACGAGUCUACACCACUACACAUUCCACAUUUGUCCUUGUGAUACGAAGACUGAUGACGAGCUACACCAAGCCAUGAAGGAAUACUUCGCACUAGAUAGCCUCGGAGUGGCCAAAUCUGAGAAGCCGCUUUUGUCCGUGGAAGAUGAGCGGGCACUAUCAAUGCUUCAAGCGUUGACCCGCUAUAAACGUGGCCGAUAUGAGACCGGUUUACUGUGGCGGUACGAUGAUGCCCGACUACCCGACAGUCAUGCAAUGGCGUUGCGGCGAUUUCAGUGCCUGAAGAAGCGAAUGGAGAAGGAUCCGGAAUUGGCAAGAACACUGCAAGCGAAGAUCAGUGACUACGUGGAGAAUGGCUACAUUCGAAAGCUCACCACUGAAGAGGUCAACCAGAAAAUGCGAAGACGCUGGUACUUGCCGAUCUUUCCCGUUACCAACCCAAACAAGCCUGGGAAAGUGCGGAUUGUGUGGGAUGCCGCGGCUAUCGCCUACGGAACAUCCCUGAACUCAGCGUUGCUGAAAAGACCAGACCUAUUACGCUCACUCCUUGCGAUUUUACUUCAGUUCCGAGAGCGGCGCAUCGGACUGUCCGGUGAUAUACGUGAAAUGUUUCACCAGGUGCUAAUCCGACCCGAAGACCAACCGUGCCAGUGUUUCUUCUGGAUGAACGAGAACGGAGAGAUGGCGGUGUACGUGAUGCAAGUGAUGACAUUCGGGGCAUGCUGCUCUCCAAGCACUGCUCAGUUCGUGAAAAACACGAAUGCGGAAAGUUUUGCGGACAAGUACCCCGCUGCUUGCGAAGCUAUCAUCAAAUCCCACUAUGUCGAUGAUAUGCUAGUUAGCGUGGAUACCGAAGAACAAGCCAUCGUGUUGGCAAAGGACGUUAGGUACGUCCAUGAGCAGGGCGGCUUCGAAAUCAGAAACUGGGUAAGCAACUCGAAGAAGGUGCUCACCGCGCUGCAGGAAAUCGACACCGAAGAGAAGUGUCUCGACCUGUCUCCAGAGCUGGCCACAGAGAAGGUAUUAGGUAUGUGGUGGAACACUAUCGACGAUGUCUUUACAUAUAAGGUGGGUUGGAACCGCUACGAUGCGCCUCUGCUGGAAGGUCAACGACGCCCCACAAAGCGAGAGGUACUGCGUGUCCUAAUGACCAUCUUCGACCCGCUUGGUUUGGUCUCCCACUUUCUUUCGUUCCUGAAGAUUAUCCUCCAACAAAUCUGGCGAUCCGGCGUGCAGUGGGACGAAAAAAUCGACGAUAACGCGUACGCAAAGUGGCAACUAUGGUUGCAAGUUCUACCCCGGCUUGAACAUGUUCGCGUUCCUCGGUGCUACAACCCCGGAUAUCCCCCAGAGAAGGCCGACGAUGUACAGCUACACAUGAUGGUCGACGCCAGCGAGAACGGUAUGGCCGCCGCUUGCUAUCUACGAUUCAGCAAUUGCGGAACCAUAAUUUGUUCCAUCGUCGCUGCUAAAUCGAGAGUCGCACCACUAAAAUUUACGUCGAUCCCUAGAAUGGAACUAGCUGCUGCAGUCCUUGGGGCCCACUUAGCGCGCACCGUGGAAGAAACACUGUCUUUCCGAAUCUACAGAAAAGUAUACUGGUCCGAUUUCAGAGAUGUUCUUUGCUGGAUCAAUUCUGACCAUCGUCGCUACAGUCCAUACGUGGGCCAUCGAAUUAGUGAAAUCGUCGAAAUAUCAGAACCGCGCGAAUGGAGGUGGGUGCCGAGCAAGUUGAACUGCGCCGACGAUGCAACUAAGUGGAGUAGCUUACCAGACAUGUAUUCCGAUCAUCGCUGGUUUACAGGGGCCGAGUUUCUCUGGCGCGCGGAAGAAAAUUGGCCACCAAUACCAAUCAUGAGUGGAUCAACCGAUAUCGAACUGCGCCCCUCGUUGCUGGCUGUUCAUGCACUGUCAGAACCUGUCAUCGAUGUCAGCAGUUAUUCAAGCUGGCAGAGACUCGUCAAAAUUACUGCACUUCUUCAUCGCUUCGUUUGCAACUGCCGCCUCAAACACGCCAAGAUAUUGAUUCGCACGGGACCACUUACAGCAAGCGAACUGCUGAUCGCCGAGCGCUCGCUUAUACGGCUAGGUCAAUGGGAAAUGUACCCUGACGAGAUUGCUGCCCUCCAGAAAACCCGCAAUUCGGACUCAAGCACAAACACCGUUUUGAAAACAAGCCCACUCUACCAACUAACACCAUGGUUGGACGAAUACGGAGUUAUGCGCAUGCGGACGCGUAUUGCUGCAUGUCAGUACGCCACUAAUGACGCAAAGCAGCCGGUUAUUCUACACCAAAAAUACCACACCACCACUCUACUAAUAGCACACUACCACCUCAAAUACCAUCACCAAAACCACGAAACCGUUAUAAACGAAAUGCGGCAGAAGUACCACAUCGCUCAUCUCCGCGCCCGUUACCAGCAAGUUAGGAAAGCUUGCCAACGGUGCAAGAACCAGCACGUAUCGCCUAGUCCACCGUUCAUGGCCGAUCUACCACCAGCUCGCCUUGCUGCCUUCUCACGACCGUUCACUCAUACAGGGAUAGACUACUUCGGGCCGAUCGAGGUCGUCGUGGGGCGAAGAAUCGAAAAGCGUUGGGGAAUGUUAGCCACCUGCCUGACGGUGCGAGCAAUCCACAUCGAGGUUGUGUUUUCGCUAAGCACAAGCUCAUGCAUAAUGGCGAUUCGCAAUUUCAUUAACCGCCGUGGCACCCCGCAAAGGAUAUACAGUGACCGUGGCGCAAACUUCGUGGGUGCAAAUCGAGAGCUGAGGCAGCUCAACGACGCACUCAAUCAACAGGAGCUGAUGAAAGAGUUUGCUAGGAAUGGCAUAGAAUGGGCGUUCAACCCACCACUAUCACCGCACAUGGGCGGCAGCUGGGAGCGACUCAUCCGCACUGUUAAAAAUAACCUGGUGGCAGUCUGCUCCGUGAAAAAACCAUCCGACGAGGUCCUUCGUAACCUGCUAUCGGAAAUAGAAAACACCGUCAACUCACGUCCACUGACACACGUGCCGAUAGACGAGGAUUCGGGUCCGGCGCUGACGCCGAAUGAUCUCUUGCUCGGUUCGUCCAACGGGUCGAAACCGCUCAGUAUUCUCGACGACAGUGGUGCCAUCCUCCGGCAGAAUUGGUGCACGUCGCAGGUUCUGGCGAAUCAGUUCUGGAAACGCUGGGUAUCGGACUACCUGCCAGAGAUUACACGCCGCACUAAGUGGUUCCGUCACUCAAAGCCGAUCGCUGUGGGCGACAUAGUUGUCAUCACCGAUAAGAACAUGCCCCGUAAUUGCUGGCCGAAGGGGAAGAUCAUCAAUACUAAGGUCAGCAAGGAUGGUCAGGUGCGCUCCGCAACGGUGAGAACAGCCAAUGGAGUAUACGAGCGUCCGACAUCGAAGCUCGCCGUGUUAGACGUCCGGUGCCUUGCUCACCUUUAG